AUGGAUAAAGAGAUUAAGAAUAAAGCUAAGAAUGCACGUCGUGGUGCAAAAGGUUCUCUGACGAGAGCAAUGAAUGUUACAAAUGAACUGAUUGAAGCAAGUCGUUCGAAAAGUGAAGUAAAACAAGCCUUUGAAGAGUUACGAAGGGCUCAUGAAGGAUUAGUGAUGAAACAUGAAGAAUUUACUAUGUUAUUAGAUGAUGAAGAGUUCGAAGAAGCUGAAAAAUGGAUGCAAGUCUGUGCAAGUGAGUACGUAGCCUUUACUAUGCGUUAUCAUGAUUAUAUUAAGAAAAUAGAUGAGGAUAAAAGUAAACAGAAUGUCAGUGACAGUGUCGUUGGUGAAUCGAGUGAAGAGAACAAUGAGGAAAGUAAUGAUAGUCAAGGAAGUAACAAUCUGAUCGAACAGUCUACUGUUCCUAAUGAGAACAAUCACCCAAGCACAAUGCAAAACCCUGAAAUGAUACAACACAGUCCGAGUUCAGCCAAGCCCUUUACUGUUAAGCAUGAAAAAGCCAAAUUGCCUGUGUUUACUGGUGAUGUUCGACAAUAUUUCAUAUUUAAGUCGGAUUUUAAACACGCUGUCGAAGCACAAUAUUCCGAAAGAGAUACAUUGACAGUGCUACGUUCAUGUUUAAGUUCUGAGCCUGCCAAAUUAAUCGAAGGAAUAAGCUCUGAUUUAAAUGCUGCCUGGAAGUACCUAGACCAAAACUAUGGUGACCCCAGAAUUGUAUCAGACACGAUUACGCUAGAUCUAGAAAGAUUCAGAAGUAUUCAGCCUGGAGAAGAUCAUCGAUUCUGCCAAUUAGUAAAUUUAGUGAGACGGUCGUACAACAUCUUGAAAGAAAUUAAGCGCCCCCAGGAUAUGGAUAAUACGCAUGUGAUCUCCCUGAUGGAAAGAAAAAUGAGCGAAGACGACCUGAGGGUGUGGGCGCGCUAUCUUAAUUCCGAAAAGUGUGAACCAUCAAUGGACAACCUUCUGUCUUGGAUGGAAGCAGAAAUGACUGCCCGAAUGCGCUCUGGGGCCCAAAUUCGCAAGAAUGUCCGACAACACAGGGUCAACACAUUUGGCUCCAAGACUGAAAAUGAUGAUGGAAAGAAUGGAGAAGAUCGAUUCAAAUCGAAGCAAUGUUAU